AUGGAAGAUGAUGAAGACUUUGAGUAUCAACUUCAACAAGAGGCACUUGAAGAGGCGAAGAGGAAGGAGAAUGAUGAGAAAAACAGCGCCACACCAGCAAAUCCUCAUGUCUACCGUGAUCAGGACGGAACUGAAUUUGAAUGGGAUCACACUAGAAAAGCCUGGUUUCCUAAGAUCAACGACGAUUUUAUAGCACAGUAUCAAGCAUCUUAUGGAAACUAUGAAGAGACAGCAGCAGCAGCUGAAAGCACAGGUGAAAACAGCUCAUCAACUCCACAAGACAGCGCAGAUAAAGAAGAUGAAACUAAAAAUGAUGACAAACUAGAAGCUGGCGAGGCCGCAGAUCAAGCUGCUGGAAAAGGGGCACAAAAGCGAAAGCAACCAGAAAAAGAGCCCCAAUGGUUUGAGGUUGAUGAUGAGCACAAUACAAAUGUCUAUGUCUCAAACCUACCAGGAGAUAUCACUGAGGAGGAGUUUGUGGAGUUGAUGAAAAAGUGCGGUCUCAUUAUGAAGGAUGAAAAGAACCAACUUAAAAUCAAGCUAUAUCGCGAUCAAUAUGGCAUGCCAAAAGGAGACGGGCGAUGCUGUUAUAUAAAACUUGAGUCAGUAGACCUGGCUUUGAGCAUCCUCGAUGGCUACGUCUUCCGUGAUCACACCAUUAAAGUAGAACGCGCCAAGUUUUCUCUCAAAGGCGAAUUUGAUCCAACUAAGAAACCGAAAAAGAAAAAAUCAAACAAAAGAGACAAAGAGAAGCAAAAGAAGCGCAUGGAAAAGCUCUUUGACUGGCGACCUGACAAGCUCAAAGGCCAGCGAGAAAAGAAUGAGAAGGUGAUCAUAAUCAAAAACAUGUUUGACCCAAAGAUGUUCGAAACCGACCCGAAGAUGAUUCUCGAAUAUCGCAGUGACCUUCGCGAGGAGUGUGAAGAGAAGUGCGGGUCGGUGAAAAAGGUGGAGAUAUACGAUCUGCAUCCAGAGGGCGUUGCCGCCAUCACCUUCAAUGAGUUUGAAGACGCCGACAAGUGCAUAGAGCUGAUGAAUGGCCGCUUCUUCGCCGGUCGCCGACUGGACGCCGCUCACUGGGACGGCAAGACAAAGUACAAGGUGCAGGAAACAGAAGAGGAGGUGGAGAAGCGCAUGGCCAAGUGGGACGAGUUUCUGGAGCAGGACCAGCCUGAAACGACGACAACAACAACCACGUGA